AUGGCGGAGUCGCUCCAGAACGUGACACGGUCUUCGAAUAUACGGAAGCACUGUCGCAACUGCUUGGCUAUAGGCACCGCUAGCAUGGUCGCGGUCAGUUCUAGGCAGGGUAUCGAAACGCAUUUCAGUGGGGCGACCCGGGAUUUGGCAAAAGGUAACUCCGUCUUNCUCACCAUUCAGGUGCUGUCAACGUACGUAGGCUACUGCUCCGUAUCCCGUUUCAGACACGUCGGCGAACAGGUGCAGUUCGCCCUUCGUCGCUUGACUGCUCUGGCUGAGUCGGCGCAGAAUCCGUAUUUCACCUGGCCUACUGAGGCUGAUCAACCAUUGCUCCUAAUCUGUCAGGUCCUGCUGGUCUAA